CUUUUUCAACUGCGAAUCUUUAAAGUGGAACACGAAUAGCCUUAGUUGCUGAACUUUGCAAGAGGCUGACUGGCUGGUCCUACUCUCAUUUUUGGAUUCUGUAUGCAAGUUCUCUGUGCCGUUCCUCGUCGUAUGUGAGAGGGUGUGUCGAUGUACCCCACUGGAAAGGGUUAGUGGUGCCGUACGCACAAGCAAAAAGGGCAAGUUUUUGACUAGCUGCACGUGAAAGCAGUUUCAUAGGUGCUAGCUAACUGUUCAGGAAUGGCAGUUUGGACCAGAGCUGAUAAAAACGGUCAAUUGGACCUACUUCUCCGCGAUCGCUGGAUCCGUGUUUCCGCCGAACUUACCAGAGAAACGCUGACUUUAACGGCCGAGGCGGAUGUAAGCGGACAGGGGACCAACCAUGGGGGUCACAGCACUUCCCUGGAUGAUAUGAGAAAUGGUAUGUCGAAUGGAAGCGAAUCGGGAUCGAGGUCAGCGCACCUUGGCCGGAGUCUGUCUUCUGGCCAGGGACAACUUCAGAAAGGGUGCAGCAGCAGCCCUGGUCGCGUGGGUAGUCCAUGUGACGGCGCCUACGGAUUAAGCAGCCCCGGGAAGUGCUCGAAUAACGGCACAAACUGUGACUUUGGGAGUCCUGGGUCGAGCGAUGGCAGUCCCGGGUCGAGUUCCGGUUCGGGGCAAGGCGAAGUUCCAGUUUGUGGAGACGUCUGCACGGAGGCUGUGCGAAAGGUCCGAGUUGUGAAACAAGAGUCUGGCGGGCUAGGGAUCAGUAUCAAAGGAGGGCGCGAGAAUCGGAUGCCGAUCCUUAUCUCCAAGAUUUUCCCGGGGCUCGCUGCAGACCAAAGUCGCGCGCUUCGGGUGGGCGACGCUAUCCUGUCUGUCAACGGGAACGACCUCCGGGAGGCAACGCACGACCUGGCGGUACAGGCCUUGAAGAAGGCAGGCAAACAAGUGACGCUGGAGGUGAAGUACAUUCGUGAGGUUUCUCCACUAUUCAAGAAGAUUUCCUUGGUGGCUGACUUGCCAUGGAAUGGUGUUGGGCCACUUUCUCCCAGCUACAACGGGAGUGAGGAUUCUGGAUCUCCUAGACGCAGCUCCUCCAAAGACAGGAAGGUUAUGAGCUUGAAGAUGUGCUUCAUCAGUCGGAACCUAACCAUGCCAGACUUGGAGAACAGACUGUUGGAGCUCCAUUCCCCUGAUGGGCAGCACACAGUGGUACUUCGCUGUAAAGAUGCACCCACUGCCAACUCCUGGUUCACUGCCAUCCACACCAAUAUUGCCGCCCUGCUCCUACAGACUCUGGCUCACAUCAAUGCUUACCUGGGAGCCUCUGCCUCGGUCUCCCCACAGCCUCACCUGAAACACAUCGGGUGGUUGGCUGAGCAGGUCCAGCUGGAAGGUGGACGGCAGCAGCACAGACCCGUUGUCAUGGCACUUACAGAAAAAGACAUUCUGCUCUUUGAGUCUGUGCCAUGGGGUAGAGAAUCGUGGGCGUUGCCUUUGGUCACACACCCAUUGCUGGCAACAAGACUGGUGCGUUCUGGCAGUGUCCGCGGCACUCCUCCCCAGAGUUCUGACCUGGUCUUUGCUACUCGGACUGGCACAGGGCGAGGCAUUGAAUCACACAUCUUUCGCGUGGAGACCCACUGGGAUCUGUCUUCAUGGACAAGAGCCCUAGUACAAGGUGCACAUUCAGCUGCAGAACUCAUCAAAGAAGUCUCUAUUGGAUGCACAUUGAACAGACAAGAUGUCCGGCUGACACUGCACUAUGAGAAAGGCUUCACUGUGAUGAAGGAGCCAGCCGAACCAGCCAGUGGCGCUGUGCUGUUCCGAUACCCUUAUGAAAAACUGAAAAUGUCUGCUGAUGAUGGAAUACGCCACCUUUACCUUGAUUUUGGGGGUCCUGAGGGAGAAAUGGUAUUUGACCUCCACUCUGGUCCAAAGCCAGUUGUGUUUGUCCUCCAUGCUUUCCUUUCAGCCAAGCUCACUCGUAUGGGUCUGCUCACAUAAAGUCACAUCAACGUGAGAGAACUUUUCACCAAAGAGCCCGACACACCUUGGACAAAUUUCCCUGGAUGGUGAUAUCCUUCCAAAUCUUCACAGCUUCACAGAACCUUUGGACCUGACAUCGCAGGCAUAAAUCCCAUCAUCACUCUCUCCUCUUAUAAAAAUGUGCCUUCACUUCAAUUUUCUUCUUUCUUUCCCACAACAGCUUUAUUGCUAGAUCGAGUCUUAAAGUGGUAUUUUUUUUUUUUAAUCAUUCCAGUGUUUGUUUAGUGAUUAUUUGAGCCCAUGGGUCUCCAAGUCCGGUCCUCGGAAGCCCUGUUUUUGGUGUUUCCCGAGCUCUGACAGACAUGAUUCAAAUGAGGGAACAAAGCUUGCUGAAUCUGGUGGCUUGGGAAACAAAAAAA